AACAAUGCUUUCAGUCAGAAUUACAACUGGGGAGGUUGGUGGUCAUACAUCAUUGCUGCCAUGCAUAUAAAACAGUAACUUGUUCUAUAUUUCAAUAAAUUUUUGAUUUGUAAUUUUUCCGUAUUUAAACAAGACACUUUACAGUAUUUAUCAAAUUCAAGUCUCUUUAAUAAGGUCCAAUACCCAUAUCUGUUUGGAGAAAGACAGCCGAAUCCCCUAUAUUGUUAUUAAACUUUGGUCGGUUUUGUAAUCCGCAUAUUUAUAAUUGGAUGCAGGAUUAUGUCCACACAUGACCAUUUAAAGCCAUCCUUGUAAUCCCUUUUCUCUUCUCAGACACCUGUGUUGGUAAGGAGUACAGAGGGAUUAAACACUUUGCUGGGGGACAAUACAAGGACUUAACAGCAGCAGCCAUGGUGGAUGCAGCUGCAGCAGAGCAGUUCCUGGAUGCCAACCCAGCAUUCGCAAAGCAGUACUAUGACAUGAAUCUGAAGCCCCAAAUAAUCUCAGACUUGCUGAACAGCAACCGGCAGCCUGUGUUGGACAUCAAAACCUACCAUGAUCUGACCAUGGUGGAUGAGAGUGAGAUUCUUUUUGACCUGGUACGGGACAUACAGGACAACUUGCAGACUGAGCAUUCGAUCUUCAAGCUCAUGAAGCACCUCAGCUUCAUGAUGAGGGCUGACCGGAUGAGCCUCUUCAUGUACCGGCAGAGGAAUGGCGUGGCUGAGCUUGCCACAAGAUUAUUCAACGUCCAUAAAGAUGCAAUAUAUGAUGAAUGCCUGGUGCAACCUGAAAGUGAAAUUGUAUACCCACUAGAUAUGGGCAUAGUGGGUCAUGUGGCCACGAGCAAGAAGAUGGUCAACAUUCCAGACGUGACACAGAGUCCACAUUUCAGUAAUUUUGUUGAUGAACUGACUGAGUAUGAGACCAAAAAUAUCCUCGCCAUCCCCAUUAUGAAUGGUAAAGAUAUGGUGGCGGUCAUGAUGGCGGUAAAUAAAUUGGAUGGACCGUGCUUCACUGCCAAGGAUGAGGAGACUCUAAACAAAUAUCUUAACUUUGCUAACCUGGUGCUGAGAGUUUACCACCUGAGCUACCUGCACAACUGCGAGACGAGGAGGGGUCAGGUACUGCUGUGGUCAGCCAGCAAGGUAUUUGAGGAGCUGACAGACAUAGAGAGGCAGUUCCACAAGGCCUUGUACACAGUGAGAGCUUUCCUGAACUGUGACCGCUACUCUGUUGGUCUGCUGGACAUGACUAAGACUAAGGAGUUCUUUGACUUGUGGCCAGUACUGAUGGGAGAAGUUCCACCAUACGAUGGACCCAAAACUCCUGAUGGCAGGGAAAUUGUCUUCUACAAAGUGAUUGACUAUAUCCUCCAUGGGAAAGAAGACAUUAAAGUCAUUCCGAAUCCUCCAGAUGAUCACUGGGCUCUUGUCAGUGGUUUACCUACUUAUGUUGCAGAAACUGGCCUGAUUUGCAACAUCAUGAAUGCUGCUGAGGAUGAGUUUUUUAAUUUCCAGACAGAGCCGCUGGACGAGUCUGGCUGGACCAUUAAGAACGUCCUGUCCAUGCCAAUUGUCAACAAGAAAGAAGAAAUAGUGGGUGUGGCCACGUUCUAUAACAGGAAGGAUGGGAAACCCUUUGAUGAAAUGGAUGAAACGCUGAUGGAGUCUCUGACCCAGUUCCUGGGCUGGUCUGUGCUGAACACUGACACAUACGACAAGAUGAACAAGCUGGAGAACAGGAAGGACAUCUUCCAGGACAUGGUGCUGUACCAUGUCAAGUGUCGCAAGGACGAAAUCCAGAACAUACUGGACACCAGAGCAAGAUGGGGGAAAGAACCAGAUGAGUGUGAGGAGGAGGACCUACAGGAGAUUCUGUCUGAAGUUCUCCCAAACUCUAAGAAAGCUGAGAUCUUCGAGUUUCACUUCUGUGACUUUGAUCACAGUGAGUUGGAUCUGGUGAAAUGUGGCAUUAAGAUGUACUAUGAGCUGAAAGUGGUGGACAAGUUUCACAUUCCCAGAGAGGCUUUGGUGAGAUUUAUGUACUCUCUCAGUAAAGGCUACAGGAAGAUCACCUAUCACAACUGGAGACACGGAUUCAACGUUGGACAGACCAUGUUCACAUUGCUGAUGACAGGUGAUCUGAAGCGUUACUACACAGACCUGGAGUGCAUGGCAAUGGUGACUGCUGGAUUCUGUCACGAUAUCGACCACAGAGGAACCAACAACUUGUACCAGAUGAAGUCGGGUAAUCCUCUGGCCAAACUUCACGGCUCUUCCAUCCUGGAGAGACACCAUCUGGAGUUUGGCAAGACUUUGUUGAGAGACGAGGCAUUAAACAUUUAUCAGAAUCUGAACCGCCGCCAGCAUGACAUCGUCAUCCACCUCAUGGACAUCGCAAUUAUUGCCACAGACCUUGCUCUCUAUUUCAAAAAGAGAACGAUGUUCCAGAAGAUCGUUGACCAGUCAAAAACCUACGAGAACUGGAACGAUUGGACCAAAUACAUGAUGCUUGAGACCACCCGCAAAGAGAUUGUCAUGGCCAUGAUGAUGACUGCCUGUGAUCUUUCUGCCAUUGCCAAACCUUGGGAAAUCCAGAGCAAGGUGGCGCUGUCUGUGGCUGCAGAGUUCUGGGAGCAGGGAGAUUUGGAGAGGACCGUCUUGGAACAGCAACCUAUUCCGAUGAUGGACCGAAACAAAGCGGACGACCUUCCAAAGCUGCAGUGUGGUUUCAUUGACUUUGUUUGCGCAUUUGUAUACAAGGAGUUCAGCCGUUUCCACGUGGAGAUCACGCCCAUGCUGGACCGUCUCAUGAACAACAGGAAGGAGUGGAACGCCCUCAAGGAGCAGCACGAGGCCAAACUGGCGGCCAUCGAGGCAGCUAAGAAGGCCAAAGAGGAGGCAGCUCAGAGCGCUGCAGCAGCUAAGCAAGCAGCAAGUGCAUCCCAGUCAAAGACUUGUGUUCUAAGCUAGGAAGUCUGUUGUAACCCCAGCUGUAUGUUUGUAGUGUAUAGCUUGAGGUCUGUCUAAACUCACUCUGAAAAACAAAUUAUCUUCCAGAAAAGUCAUUUGAGCUUUCUAACUUACUUACAUCCUAAAUCAACUUUUUACUUUUUCUCUUCUGCUCUUUCUCUGCGCUGUUUUUUUUUCUUGCCAGAAUUUAGCUUUUUUCUGAAAAUCAUACAUAAAACAGAGAACAUUUAUCAUGAACGGAGCCUUUUCUAUACUCCAGUUUUUUGAUGCAGCAAUACUUUUCUGGCCUCUAUGAAUUGAUUAUAGUUAUGUUGUGACAUUAACCAAAACAGUGCAGGCUAUUAGAUUUUUUUUUUUCUUUCAAGAUGCUUUAAAAACAGUUAGGCUACCAAAGUUCAGCUUAAAUGUCAUUCAUUUUGUAUUACUGACACAUCUUGAUACAUUUGACAUGUUUUCAUGCUGUAAAAUAAGUAAUAUUUUAUGUUUUUGCAGAUAAAAGGUAAUGGCUUGUAUGAAGGGCAUUUGUUGAGUUUUUCUCAGCUUUGCGUCAUUAAUGUUUCUGUGCUCUGUAUAUUAAAAUCUCUUCUCUGAUU